AUGCCCCCCCCUUCACAGUCGCCUGGCUCUUCUGCCUCGGUUGCCUCACCGUUGUUCCUCUCUUCUUCUUCGUUUUAUUCUUCUUCUUUCUCAUCCUUGCGCCCUGCGUCUCCUGGCGCGCGGCAGUCUUCCACUCGUGCUCCUUCGGCGCGUUUCUGCGCCGCAUCUCUCUCUUCGACUGUUGUUUCUUCGCCGUUUGCUUCUUCACCAGUCGCUUCUUCCCCGUCUUCUCCGUCAUUUGUUCAGUUGUCGGACGCGGGAGCGCGUCUCUGGGCGACUGGCGAGGGGCGGCGGCGGUGGGUUUCUCGAGGUCGCUCAAGGGGCGUGGUGUCUCUGCUCUUUCUUCUCGUCUGUCUCCUUCAGGCCCCUCGCCCAGAUGCCGGUUCGCGACUGCGGUUCGCUAUGUCCUCUCCAUCGGUUCGGCUGGAGGCUUGCUCGGCAGCGUCUUCCUCGCAGGCCGCCUUCCGCUGUCUAAGACCUUUUCUCGGCUCCCGCGAGUUAAGCGGCUGCUUCUCUCGCGCGCAGCCUCUCGCCACUGCGUCUGCCUUCUCUCCUUCUUCUCCUUCUCAGCGUAUCUUCUCGCCUCAUGCGUCCGCCUCGCUGUCUCUGUAUUCGGCGCCGCUUUGCUCUUCAAGGUUUCCUCUUGCUGCGGAUUUUUCCUCCCGGUCGAGAUAUACGGGCCCCAGCCGGCUGACGCGCGACGAUGCGCCGCUCCCGCGAGGUGGCGAGCGUUGUUCGCGCUCCAAUCUUUUUCCACUGCCUCUUCAGCCGUUGUCGUCUCUGUGUCUGUCAUCGUCUUCCUUCAUCUGUCUCUUCUCUUCUUCGUUUUCUUAUCCUCAUUCUUUCUCAAGUUCGGACUCCCGCACACAGCGAUCGUCUUCGCCUGCAGGCGUGCCUCCAGCGCCCUCCGGCUCGGCCGCUCCUUUCGCUUCGAGGCCUCCGUCUCUUUCUUCUUCUCUGCAUGCGCCUUCAGUCGCGGGAGGCUGUGGGCGGCGUGACCUCUUCGGGCCUCUGCCGAGGAGUCGGAGUGCCUCUUCUGCGUUUUUCGCGCUGCCGUCUGUUUCGUCCUCGCUUCCUGCGCACCUACGCGGCCUCGCUUCGCUUUUGUCACGGCUUCUUCUUCAGCGCGAGUCUCCUGAGAAGGCCUCGCUAUUGUCGCACGUCGGCGCUUUCUCUUCUUCCGCGCGUGAUCUGCAGCGCGUGGGCACGUUGUUUUCCUCUCCGAGCUGCAAGUCGCUCCUCUCCCGCGCGCGUCGUCGAAGAUCUCUCUUGUCUGUUCCUUUCGCGUCCCUCCUCCGCUCCUGUGGCUCAGUCUUGUUCAAUCGCCUCUCUCUGUUCUCACGGCUUCUCUCUCUGUCCGCCGGCGUGUUGUCUUCGCGCCUGCGGGCCUCUGCGUCUCUCGUCUCUGCAUCUCUGUCUCCCUCCGCUCUGUUGCGGGCGCCCACGUCCCUCAUGCCGCCGCUGCCGCCGCUGGCACCCGCGCUGCGGCUUCUUAUGGUUCUCGCGUUUGCGUGUGAUUCUUUUCUCUUUGGCGGGUCGCUCUCCGCCACGUGUGCGUUCGACAUGAGGAAGGAGCUGGCGCGGUGGGAGCGCGGCGGAUUUUUUUCGAAUUUUUUCGGAUUUUUCGGCCGCGCUGUCCGCGCCGGCCUCGUCCACGCGAACGCCCUCCACCUCUUUGUGAACGUGCGCAGCAUCUCGCGCGUGUUCCCCAGCUGCGAGCGCCUCUGCUACGAAGUGCUCUUCGGCGCCGCCGCUCCCGCCUCCUCCUCGUCUUCCGCGUCUGGGUCUCCUGCGGCGGCGGACGCGCGAGGCGAGGACGCCUGCGCGCGCUGGUGCUGGUGGGAUGAGGGAGAGCGGAAGGGGGCAGGGCAGAGGGCAGCCGGUCGCCGCGGACCGGGGUUCGGGGAGCGCGGAUGGCUGGCGCGCGCGACGCUGCUUUCGCUGUUUUUCUCCGGCAUCGCGGCGGGGAACGGGGUCUCUCUUCUGCUCAGGCGCUGGUGGGCGGCUGUCGAGUGGACGGUGCAGAAGCAUACGCGCGAGGAGGCGCGGCAGCGCCGCUUCUGGGGCGGCAAAGUCUCGCAGGAGGAGCUUUGGGGAGAGACGGAGGGCGUGCCGCGCUGUGCGCCGCCGCGGAAGAAUCUUGACGCCUGGGCGCGCCAGCGGCGUCUCGAGAAGCUGCGAAAGGCGCGGCGGAGGCGCGACUCGGAGGCGGGCGCUGCCGCGCGCGAGGGACCCGGAGACAGCCUCGUCGAGAGGGAGGAGGCGAGCGACCGGGACCUCCUCAACGACGACGACGAAGACGAAGAAGAGGCACAGGACUCUGAGCACGCGAAAGACCGCUCCUGGUGCGUACGCACGCUCGGCUGCAGCGCCGGAGUGUGCUCGCUCCUCGGGGUCCUCGUGGGCAGCGCGCGGAUUCCCUCGGCAACCAAGAGGACGCUUGGCGGGCAACUGCUCAAGCGGAUGCUGACCGAAGUCUUCGCGCCAGUCGGCUCCAGCGGCCUCGACGAACCUGGGCACCUGGGCGGGUUCCUCUUCGGCUACCUCGUCGCAGGCCUUCUGGGCUGGUGA